UUCCGCAUUGACUGCAUAUUGUACUGUCAGUGCGGGAGAAUGAAUAACUCAAAAUGUAGCAUUUUUCAGAAACCAAAGAGCCCUACGCGGAUUAUACAAUGCAUUUAUGUGGUUGGAUUCAUGGACCUGUUUGGGGUCAGCAUGAUCAUCCCGCUCCUGAGCCAUCAUGUAAAGUACCUGGGAGCCAGUCCCACUGUCGCUGGCAUCGUAGGGUCCACGUAUGGAGUCUUGCAGCUAUUCUCCAGCACAGUAGUGGGCAGCUGGAGUGAUGUGGUGGGCCGGCGCCACUCGCUGCUCACCUGCCUGCUGCUGAGCGCCCUGGGCUACGCACUGCUGGGCAUGUCCAGCAGCAUCCUCCUGUUUGUGCUGGCGCGCAUCCCCAUCGGGCUCUUCAAACACUCACUGUCCAUCUGCCGGGCGCUGCUGUCGGACCUGGUGUCCGAGACGGAGCGGCCGCUGGUCAUGGGCCACUUCAACGCGGCCUCCAGCGUGGGCUUCAUCCUGGGCCCGGUGGUGGGCGGCUACCUCACGGAGCACGAGGGCGGCUUUUACACCUCCUCCUUCGUCUGCGCCGCCAUCUUCCUCCUCAACGCCGGCCUGGUGUGGAUGUUGCCGUGGAGCGAGGCGCCGAGCCAUCGCACCGACACCAACGCCAACAGCAGCCCCAGCCACUCCGGCCGGGCCUACGACGGCGUCAAGAACAGCCAGCACAACUGCUCCACCGACAGCAACAACCACCUCGGUCACCCGCACCACCACAACAACCACGACCACCAGCACACCCACCCAACCUCCUCUUCCUCCUCCUCCUCCUCCUCGUCCUCCCCGGCGGUCUCCCGCGUCCGGAGGUGGCGCUGGGACGAGGUGUCGCUGCUCCAGCCGGCGUGGCGGCAGCUGUCGUCCAUGGUGGCGCGCAUCCGGCACGUGGCCUCGUCCGACAUGUGGGACGUGUUCCUGGUGCGGCUGCUGAUGGCGGUGGCCAUCAUGCUGUACUACAGCAACUUCUCGCUGGCCAUGGAGGAGCGCUUCCAGCUCAAGCCCAAGGUGACGGGCUACCUGAUCAGCUACAGCAGCAUGCUGGGCGCGCUGGCCGGCUGCCUGGUGGGGCCGGUGACGCAGCUCUACGGCCAGGACAUGUCGGCGCUGCUGCUGCACUCCACGGUGCUGACCGGCUCGCUCAUCUUCCUGUACGCCACGGCGGCCGGCGUCUGGCAGGUGCUGCUCACCUCCACCUUCUUCGCCAUCUCCACCACCAUCGGCCGCACGUGCAUCACCGACCUGGAGCUGCGGCGCGGCGCGGGGACCGGCGGCCCGCGGGCCAGCGGCACGCUCAUCGGCGCCGGGCAGUCGGUGACGGCGGUGGGGCGCGUGCUGGCGCCGCUGCUGUCGGGCCUGGCGCAGGAGCUGAGCCCGUGCGGGCCGCCCAGCCUGGGCGUGGUGCUGGCCAUGGCCGCCGUGGGGCUGCUGAUGGCGCGCAUCCCCAAGUGGGACUCGGCCGCCGCCAGGGAAAGGACCAAGAGCAAGAACUGAGCCGACGACGCCGCGCGUGUGUGUGGGGUGCGCGCGCCAGGGUGUGUGUGUGUGAGUGUGUGUGCCUUACAGGUGUUGUGGCGUGGAGACGUAGCCCAUCUCUGAGAGAAGAGUCCGUUCUGUCAGCAGUAGCAGCGGCGGUAACAGCAGCAGCACUGUUGAGAGUUGGACUUGUUUGUUGUUAAGUAAUAACGCUGGACAAGAAUCGAAGGGUCAGCUUUGGCGAGGGGCUCGCGCCGCCUGUCAAUGGCUCUUCGUCUCAGAGUGAUGACAUCAUUGUGCUGAAGGAACAAGCCAUGGCUGCCUCCUCCUCUUCUUACCAUGGGCCUGCUGCAGCACUAGCCAACAGGAGACAUCAAGCACCCAGACCAGAGACUUGGGUCUGUGCCAGAACGCCACGGCACAUGGUCUUACAAGCAGGUAAUUGAGUUUCGAGAAAGAGGACAUCUCCCUCGAAUGGGGCGGCAUUAAGAAGAAAAACAAAAAACAGAAACACAUUCUUAUGAAUUCCAUUCCAUGUUUUAGUUUGACCACUUUUUAUUUAAGUUUACAGGCUGCAGGCCUCAUUAAAGCCUGUGUUGCCCUUUCUCUAAAAUCCACUACAUUAUUCCAGAAAAGUCCUUGAGUUUAAGGAAUUUGAUGGGAUUGAUCUAUAGCAAUUUUAAACACAAUGGCACUGUUUUCUAAUGGACGUUUGCAUUACUUGUAGUUCUGUAUAAUUUGGGGGAAGCAUCAUUUCAGACAUAGAAACUCCCAACUACCUAUUGACUUGAUAGUAAUUUAUCAGUAUCAAAGUCUAUUUAUUAUGUUUGGUUUAUGCAUACGAGUGAAGUAAUGAUGACCUAAGGAAAAAAAAUAGAAAUAACUAAAAAUUCUAGUGCGCUGUUAUAAAUGAUUCCAGUUUGCCGAUGGAAGAAAUAAACUCAAGUUUCAACACAACUCAAGUCUCUGCAAAGUGUCAUUGAAUGUUCUACACCCCCACCAUGGAUCUACAAUACUUCACUUUCACUUGUGUGCUUGGUGUUCAUCUUGGUGAUCAAACAUA